GGCGGCAGUCAGUGACACGACGUCGAGGCGGGCGGUCGAAGCAAAGCGCGGCGCUGAGCUGUGCGGACCGCGGGAGGCCAGCCGCAGACGCGAUGCUGCCUGCAGUCCAGACGGCUGCCUGAGAGCUGGCCAUGAAGAAGACCAGGCCGGAGCACCAUCGCUCCACUGACGUCAUACACGACCGCUCCAGCCGCGGCAUGAAGGCUCCCACAGCUGGAGGGAGACGCAUCCCAGAGCAGCUGCGCAGCUUUGACGUGGUGCUGCAGGAGCCCGACCAUGUGUUCUUCUCCGGCGACUUGGUGCAGGGUCGCGUGCUGGUUGACUUGGAUGGUUGCCUCACUGUGCAAGCCAUCACAGUGCGUCUGGUGGGCGAAGCUUACGUGAACGUCCCCGAGGAGAGCGGCCAGUGGGACCACGUGCGGCGCAUCACGCGCAUCCGACACACCCUCCGCCGCAACAAGAUCAGCCCGGCCUCCAUGCCGGACUCGCUGUGCGGCGACUGCUCGGGCCCCGCCACUCCCGAGGACCCGCGCCACGCGGCCGACUGCUGCAGGAAGUGGGGCAAGGCGGCUGCUGCGGCCGGCCCCAAGCGGCGCGCGCGGCCCCGCCAGCACCGCCAGGCCGCCAAGUUCCGCUCCUACGAGAAGUACUUCGAGCACAAGUUCUUCGUGUUCGGCCACAAGUACAGUACGGGCAGGCGGGGGUCGCGUGCCGCGCUGGGCCGUACCACGCUGCCCGGCCUUGAAGGAGGGGGCGGGAGGGAGCAGCUGUGGGGCGGCUCGCACGCCUUCCCCUUCGACUACUCGCUGCCGGCCAAGCUGCCCGCCUCCUUCCACGGCCGCCUGGGCUACGUGCGCUACUUCUGCGAGGCCACGCUCGAGCGCUGCGCCGCGCCUGCGCUCUGCAGCCGCGCCUACUUCAGCGUCGGCUGCGUCGCCGACAUCAACACGGAGCCCAAGUCCGAGCUAGGAUUACAGUUCCAUUACUCCACGUGGAGCUCCGAUCUCGUGGGCCGGGUCGUGUCUGGCAUCCUGGGCUACCGAAGGCCGCGAGUUCCGCGGCUGCUUUCAGAGUUAUCAGAGGGCAGCCAAAGCGGCGCGAGCGAGCAGCGCAGCACCAACUCGUGCCUGUUCUGCUGCCGCAAGGGCACGGUGGUGGUGUCGGCGGCCGUUAAGAGGCGCGGCUACGUGCCCGGCGAGCUCGUGCACGUGACCGCCGACGUGCUCAACAUGAGCGACCGCCAGGUGCGCCGCACGUGCGCGUGUCUCCGCCAGGUGGUGACGUACUUCUCGAGCAAGGGGUUCCGCAACUACGUGUCGGAGGGCAGCGUGAGCGAGGUGCAGCGCGGCGCCGUGCCCAGCGGCGAGUCGGACACGUGGUGCCGCGUGCCGCUGCCCGUGCCUCCAGUGCCCCCCACCACCAGGUUCACCAACUGCUGCAAGCUCAUGGACAUAGAGUACCGCCUGGACUUCGUGGUGGAGCUAGUGGGAGACCCAGAGCCGCUAGUGCUGCAGCUACCCUUGCUGGUGGGGAGCGUGCCCCUCCAGAAGCACUUCGGCGAGCUGAUGUCGGCUCGCGACCUGCCCGACUACAUCCAGCUGCAGCCGCUGCCUGCCGCAGUGCAGUCCAAGUACCCUGACCUGCCGGGGGCGACGAGCGAGCCGUGCGCGUGGGGCCCGCGCGCAGUCGACACCUACUACUACAAGCAGCUGGGGCGGGGCCGCGAGCAGGCGCUGGUGGUGAGCGGCACGCGGCCGCAGCCCCGCGACCUGGUCUUCUCGCCGCGCUACGUGUGCUACGUGCGGCGCGACGAGCAGCGAGACUACCCGGACUCGCUGGCGCGGCGGUCGGCGGUCGAGCUGCCGCAGAUCGUGGUGACGCGGCCCGGCGCGUGCGUCAAGCACCACCACGACAAGACGCCCCUGUCGCGGCGCCACUCGGCGCCCGCCCACCUGGUCGCCUGUCCGCCGCCGCCGCCGCCGCACCGCCUCCCCGGCCUCAAGGAGUAGCAAUCCCGGCGGAUCCAUCGCUCACGUGUUGCAUCGACAGUACCGAUUAAUGAUGAGAAAGCUGAUUUAAAAUCAUGUUAGAGCCACACACGUGCUAAUUUUUCUAAUGAUUUUUUUUUGCAUUAUUACUAGACAAGGUUAGGGUAAUAUUUUUACUCCAUCUGACACAUGAAGGUAUUAAUCUUUUGAGUAGGCCUAAGUGUCUUUCCUGAACUUUAAAUUAUUCUGGUUGACAUAUUGGUAGCAAAACAAAUCCUAUAAAGACUGAUGUUAAAAGUUUGUUUAAUGUCUUUCAAGCAACUCAUUAGGAAGAAUCGAAAAAAUCAAAGGAUGGUAUAAUUUUUUUUUUUUUAAAUAAGGGCCAGGGAUGCGGUGGCUGCUUUUAAUUCGACAUUAAUUGAGUCGCAAAUAAUGCACACACACACACUCACACACACACACACACACACACACACACACACACACACCCUCCCCAACUAAAUCAAACUUAACCUAACUCAUAAACUUACCAAACACAACGCAACGUAACAUAGCCUAAACCUACAGCAUUUCCACACAAUGAAAACGACUGUGCAAUCGAGAUUAUAAAGGAUUGAUAUGAUAGAAGUGUGAAUUUCGCUCUUCGUGUUGCUGGCUCGCACCAUCUACCAUCGGAGGAUGUUAGGCAGAGGAUGCGUGCAAGCUGUGCUGUAACAAAUGUGUGUCCUGGAAAUUCAACAACCUAUCUGCCAAUAGAGUCGUCAAGACAUGACAAAGUGGACAGUAGUUUAAUUAUUAUGGUCCUAAGACAAUAUGGCAAUUUCCUCCAUGUUACCGCUAUUUAAUUUUUCAAAAUCUCACUAGCUCUGGUUAAUCCUCCCAUAUUUGCCCCAUCAAUGUUCCUAGAUAUUCCUCCAAUUUGUUUAUUGGUAUUUUUUUUUAAUUUGUAAUUUUAUAUGAUAAUUUUAACGUUUGUUGUGUUUAUUAUUUUAAGUCUUUUAGACUGAAAGUUCCAUUAUUUUACUAGUGCACCCUCGCUAAGUGUCGGUAGCUUUGUUUUUCGUUUUUUCAGUGCUGUUCACAGCAUUUCCUGUCGUUCUCUCGGCCCCUGGCAAAACGCCAUUUUUUGCCAAUUUAUCGCCUACGAGGUUUGUACUCUGGCACACCGAUCUUCCCCUGCACUCAAAGCGCCAAAAUAUAUUUCCACAAUCCGAAACCAUUCCGACAUAGCCACAUUCAGAGCUCCAUCCUUUUUUUUUUUUGUACAUUAACGUUAUUUCCUAUAACAUCCCCCUCCCUUCUGUAGCAUAAAAUAUUCCUCAGUUAAGCUGCUGGCAAACUCUAGCAUGACUCUUGUUUUAUUUUGGUGCUCCUUGCGUGCCAACGAGACGCCAUUACCAUUUGUUCUACGUUUAUUAUAACCAGUCCAGCCCUCGGUCGCUUCUCUGAUUUCCUGAAGUGUUUCGGUGAGCAAUAAGUUAUCCAAGAUGUAGUCAGUUCAUUCGAGAAUCUUUCCCAAAAUAUUAAUUCAAAACCUACGAGUAAUUUUCUGGUUAUUUGAUUGGUUUCUACGUCUACUUGGUGUGUUGUGUGACGAGCCUAUACACCUUUAUUCUGUGUUGUGCUGCUGCGCAUCUUCUUCGCCAUCUCCGUCUCCUUCGCUGUCUUAAACACUUUUUACUAAUGAUUUUUAUCUUCAUCGCUGCCUUUGGGUAUGUUUUCUCAAUUAUAAUAUAUUUUUCUGAAGCACAUAUAUAGUAUGUCUUGAGUUCUAAACCUUAACCAGUAAAAAUAUAGUAUAAAAGUCAGUUUUAUUAUUUCAAUGAGAACCUUAUUUAUGCUAAAUAAUUCUAACUAUUAAAUGUUUCAAAAAAUUAACAUUAAUUAUAGGAUUGAUAACGCCCUUUCAAACUUUGAAUUGUUAACAAUGUUAGUAACUUUCAGCUCGUAUUCCAUUUUAGUAUUUUGUAAAUUCCUAAUAUAAAAUAAAAAUAAAUAAUUAAAUAAAAAUAAGAGGGUCAUUAUACAACGGUAUCAAUUGGCGCGUUUAUAUUUAUCAUGUUAUUUUAACAGGAUAAAUGACACUGUGAUUGUAAACUUUUUUUAAUUACUAUUAAUUGUUUUUUUUCCGAAGUUGCUAUUGGAUUUAAUUUUUGUCUUUGCCUAGUUACAGUUCUUACGUAUUAAUAGCUUUAAAGUUAUUUGUACGUAGUCAUUUAAAGUUAAAUAGUGUUUUGGUUUUUUAGAAUAUGUGACAAAUUUAAAUCUUGUGUUGCUAAGUCACCGAUGUUUCGCAGUAAACACGGCCUACAUACACGUUAACGUCUGUCUCUCAGUUCUGUGAGUUAGGUAGAUGAUAAUCUGGCUAAAUUGAAGUUUUCUUUUUAUAUGUCAGCAUGUUUGUAAUAGUUUGUGAGUCCUGUCACGCCUGAUUUAUUUAUAAGGUAUUUAUGUAUUAUUCGGAACUUUUGUUUUUGUUAAACUUAACCAUUUUUCUCUCAUUGCGUGCGAGGGCCGGUGUUUCGUUGCGACGUCACAGUCCUGUGCACAUUCCCGGCACAUUCCAGGCACAUUCCAGGCACAUCACUUCCCUCCUCAAAUGCUUUGUCCACGUUGCUUGGAAACAUAACCAGUGUUUGUAAACAAACACACGUCCGAUAUAACAGAUAUUUAAUUUGAUUUUAGAUCAUGUGAUGUGUUGUCUAUCUAUUUUCUUUGAGAUAGGUGGAUAUUUUUAUUUGAGAGUAAUUAAAUUUGGAAGCUAGAACUUUAAUUUGUAUCACUUAUAAAUAAGGUAAAGUCAAACUUUUUCAAAUCUAAGUUUUGUUGUUUGAAUAAAGAUUCUUCUUUGUAUCUCUUAAGGUAAAUUAUUUUAUAUAUUUUUGAAGUUGGACAUGAAUGUCAUUUUUAAUCUCCACGAAAAAAUCUGAGGUGUAGUCUUUAAUUUAACCAUGUAGGAUGUUUUCAUUUUAAUAAGGAUGUUAUCUAUUCUCAGUCGAUUUUUUAUACAUUGAUAAUUCGGUGUCAAAAUUUCCCCUGGAGGGUCAAAUUUCCUCUGAGAUCGAGACCCAGUCCUAGUGACUUGAAUUCAUUGAUUUUGGUGAAAGCUAAGCCGCUUUGGAGACAUUUUCACCUCUGAAUUUUUUGAGCCAAAAAAGGAACAAAUUCCCUCACAAUGUGAAUAUUCUCCUCCAAAUAGAGAGUUUUUCUGUGUUUUUGAGGAUUUUUCAACUAUAGUGAGAAAAAACGGAAUAUUUUUAUACCAAAAUCCCAGAUAAUGUCCGGUCAUUGAUUCGCUUCUCAGAUUCUCAUCCUCCAACCAUGUGCCAGAAUCAGCAUAACCAUACUACUUUAAUCUUAUUUUGAUUAUAAAAGCAUUCAUACUCUAUUUUCGCUCAUUUACGGCAAAUUCUUAAGAAAUAGUGAAGCGAAUAUUGAAGUUUUAGUAUAUUUAAUAUUUAAACCCAGUUUCUUAAUAUAGCUUGGUCAUCUUCAGAAAUAUUUUUUUUUGCCAUUAAAUUAAUCUUAGUCCUUUUCCAAUUCUCUAUCUAUAUAAAUGUUAAAUAAAAACUUGAAACAUUACGUUUCUCUUUGUGUACGUUAUAUUUUUCAGUUAAUUUGCCUUCCUUUUGAUUUGCAUCACACUAACGGAUUAUUUUCUUUUUUUAAUUCACCUAACCUAUCCAACUCCAUAAGAGAAAAUAAAAAUUCCGAUACAUUAUUCUUCAAGUAUGUAUACUAUUUUUACUGAAAAUUUUCUUACGUCCCAAAUGAUUUGCUUAGAGAUUUGUUUUACUGAAUAAAACUUACCCCAUUAUCACAACCAUAGUUGUCCAGUUUAUAUUAAAUAAAUCACAUAUCUUUAAUCUUCAUGUACGUCAUUGUGCUCAGUUUCUUAUAUCCUCCUAUAUAUUUGAAUACAUAUUUCUAAAUAAAACUAAAAUAACUUCGUUUUAUUCCUCUUACUAUGGAAUCUCUCAAAUAAGUUAAUUUGGGGGGGGGGGGGUGUUUGUUUUCAAUUCAUGCAUUGUAUCUGAAAUUAUGAUUGAAUUAUUUCAAAUACAUAAGUUCCUACCAUUCUUGACCUAUUUUACUUCCAUAUGGAAAUAAGUCAUAAUAAAAUGUAGCCUAGUCUUUGAGUUAGAUAAGACCUAACUAAAAAAAUAGGUUUCAUCAAAAUGCUUAGAGUCGUUUUCCAAGCUGCCGGAACAAACAUUAAAACAAAUAUAAAUGCCAAUAUGCAGACAUUCAUUCAUAGACAUAAUUUUAAAAAAAAAUCUUUGAGCCCCAAAUAAUAUAAAUAUCCUUUUCGUAUAGUUAUUGCAUAAAUUAAUCUGAUGUACAAUUAAAAUACCCUUAAUCAUUGUAUCAUAAUUUAAAAUGUUGUUUCUUUAAUGGUCAACAAUGGCAAAUAUAUGCUACAUAUAUUUUCAAAACGUCUAAGUAUCACCUGUCUUCGCAACCUUCCAGCUUUGUUGUAAAGUAAUAUUGAUUGCAUGACUCACAUGCAAAUUCAAUAAACUCUAAACGUGUAUCAAUAUUAUCUAGCUUUUUCAUCGAUGAUGGAUAUUUGUAGGUAAAAUAAUACUUGUGUAUCAAAUAACAAUAAAUCCGUUGCGACCUCCUUACAUGAUACAAUAAUAUAUCUUACCCUAAAGAACACUUAAAACAAAUCCCUUAACAACAUAAAUCAUGUAUUUCAUUGAAAUAUAUUUAUUGAUCGUAACAUUACAAUUUUAAGUUUUCAAGUAACUGAAAGAUUUAAAGUGUAACCGCACUUAAAAUAGUAGUUCUAAUUUCCUUUUAGUUAUUAAUUAAAACAUUUUUUCAUCUGAUUUUAUCUAAUUUUUUCAUAUGUCAUAGUUGGACAUUAAUUGGUAAUAAAGACAUAUUUUAAAAUUUUUUUUUAACUCAAGCUCAGUCAUAUUAAAACUGUUCUUAAAUUCUUAAUAAAUUGCAUUAAAGUAUCUUAUUAAUUGGAGUAAAUAAUUCAUUUCGUAAUAAAAUCAACGCAGUAGUGCUAAUUAAAACUUAUCUUAAAUUAUAACGUUUGCAAUUUUUUGUCCUUUCCACCAAAGUAUGUUUCUUAAAGUCACACCUUUAAUUUUUCCGUCUCUGGCUCAGACUGUAUUAUUAAUUUAAGUACUGCCAAAUUUAGGAAACUUUUGAAAAAGUAUGUAGAUAAAUAUUUAGAAAUUAAUAAAGAUUUUCCGACCUAUAUAGUUUUGGUAAAUUACUUCGUUUAUAAAAUGUAAGCGCUACAAUCUAAGUGUUUCUUUGGUUUUUUUUAAGCUCCUGUUUUUCAAUACCAUAAUAACAAAACUGUAACUUUUCAUUAUUUUUUAAGUAAAUAAUGCAAACAUCAUAUGCUUAAAAAAUUUUUCAGAAAGGUUUCAAAAUCCUUACAGCUGCAAUACAAGUAUUAACAUUUACUCACAUGUUAGCCUAUGCAACUAACGAAAUAAUAUCUGUGAUAACAUUUUUAUUGCAGAAAAAUUUAACCAAGUUAUUUCAGUCAAGAACAAGUUUCCUUUUUUAAAUAUUUUCUUGGGCAAAAUAUUACUUACCUUCAAUCAAAUACAGGGAUUGGACAGGAUAUGGAAAAAGUAAGUUUUAACUUUUUAUUAUCUUGUCAACAUCUGGUAAAUUAAAAAUCAUUUACAAUCUCUGGGAUAUAAUAAUCAUACACAGGUCAAGAGCCAAAAUAUAUACUUUGAAACAUACUUUUGUCGUUUUAUUAAUGCGUGAGUUUUAGUUUAUUGGCAGAAUCACAUUUAAAUGACGUAAUAGUUGGUCGUUGUUGCUGUACUUUGGUGUGCCUCGAACCAGCAGUUUGUAAAAGAUAACUUAUUGUAAAGGACGCUUUUAAGUAAAUUAUUUGGUGUACUGAAACUAAAAUAUGGUUUAUUGAAGUUAAGUGUCUUAAUAAUUUGAAUCAUCCAGGUGAAAUGUGCCUCGUCUCUUAUUGAAAACCAUUCUGCAAGUUAGUGUUUAGUGUAUAUAUUUACCCAAGAAAAAAAGACAAAGUAUGUUAAUAUUUUUAAAAAUAUUACUUUAGUGUUCAUGAAUUCAUGUGAAACAUAUUCUGCACAAAAAUAAAACUAUUUUAACGUAAAUGUGUUGUAUUAACAUUAUUCACAUUAACUACGUUCUAAAAUAUGAUUAUUUUUAGUUUAGUUGGCAACAACACAUACACAAACAAAUUGUAUCAAUUAAUGUAUCAUACACACUUUAAAUCUGGACGAAUAACUAAAGGUAUAAAAACCCAUUUAUAUUUCCGAAAUCUCUUACGGUUUUGACGGACUGCAAAUUCAUUAAGUGGAUAUGUAGGUUUGCGACCUUACCAGCCUCUCAGCUCAGGUAACACGGGUAUACUCAGAAUUCACGCAAGUUAGAAGUACUUUAAUGAUUUGAUUAAAUACGUAGGGAAUAGAAGCGAAAUUGGUCUAAAAAUACAGCCUUUCAGAUAAAAAAAAAUUUCCAACAAUUAUAUUAUAUAAAUAGGGUAACCCAUAUUUGAAAAGCAAAUAAAAUAUAGCUUUAUUCAAGAUGUAUCUUAUGAUACUAAGUGUGGGAAAAAAUAGAAGAAAUUAAAUACAAGUAAUUGAUAAGUCUUGAUAAAAAAAAUUGAUAUAUAACUACGACAUAAUAUAAACGCUGUCAGUAAAUUUUCAAUUUAUACGUUAGGUUCAAUUUAAUGUUUGUAGUACUCUGUUUUAAAAAAUUCUGUGAGGCUUUGUUUGAUAAAUACUCUUAAAUAAUUAUUUGAAUGGAUUUAACGUACCUUUGAAUUAUUUCAGUGUUUCAUUGCAAAGAGUAAUUGUAAGUUGCUUGAUUUUGUACUGCCUAUUCUGUUCUGAUGUGUUGGGUUUGUAGUUAAUGUUAACGAAUGAGAUAUUGCUAUUGUGUAUCUGAGUAAAUGCACAAUAUUUGUUUAUACUCGCAAUGUACUAUAAAUUGAAGCGAAUGUUUAAUGAAACUAACUAGAUUUUGUACUUAAUAGUUACAAAUUAUUUUUGUGAAUAUUAAAAACAUGAGGCAGUUCUCUAUUUAAACAUAUUUAUUAUAAUUUGUAACGAAAUUAUGCCUUAAUAAAUAAAUACAAUUUGUGUAUUUGUUACGUCAAUAUGUACAAGAUAACAAGAACAAUAAAUACUACUUACUUUGAGAG